AUGGAGAAACUGCAGAAUUUAGAAGCGUGUCUGCCUCCUGAACAACCACCUACUGUACAAACUAUUGAUCAUUUACAAAAUGAAAUUUCAAGAGAGUUUAAAUCUGCUGCUAACAGUGUAGCUAAACUAUACAGGUUAUCAAACGAGAAGAAGUCACUUCUACAACAUAAAGGCUACCUAGAUUGCAUAGAUGAUAUUUUGCAAACCAUACAUGACGGCAAAGAAGAAACUAGUGUACAUGACAUUGAACUAUGGUGUAUGAAGAAAAGAAAUGAGUUGCUUGGCCCCAAGAGUAAUUUUAACUUUGAUAAAAACAGUGAUAAUAAUAAAAAAGAGAAAGAGUAUCAACUUUCAAUGAUUCCCCUGAGCAUAGAGAGAGAUAAGACCAAAGAAAGACAAAAUGUAUCAAGAACCAAUAGAGAUGGUGGUAGUGAAAUAACAGACGAUAUUGAUCUGAAUGAUGAUUUAUUUGAGAUGGAGGGUGGGCACACUGAGAAGAGGCCUAAACUAUGA